CACUGUUGCAUGUAUUUCCGGAAGUAAUUAAAAUUCUAAUCAUCAUUCAGAUCUUCGAAGAAAAUAGUGUUUAUUUUGCUUUUCUUCUUUUACACAGAGAAAGGUCUUUUGAAAUCUGUUCAGCAUGACAGGUCACACGGCUGGCGAUCCAUUAGAGUGCUUCAGCAUCCCACUCGUUCUUGAGAAAGAACCAGAAGUUGAUGGAUUGGGUAAUCCUAUUUCUGGACCAGACGGUAAACAGAAGUACAAAUGUGGGUUCCGUAUUGGCGGGGGUAUUGAUCAGGACAACACAAGGAGUCCUCAGGGAUAUCCAGACAAGGGUGUUUAUGUGACCUACAUACACGAGGGCGGGCCUGCAGAGAGAUGCGGUUUACAGAUUCACGAUAAAAUUCUACAGGUCAAUGGACAUGACUUCACGGUGGUCACCCACAGAAAGGCGGUGGAAUACAUUCAACGAAAACCGGUUUUAAAUAUGUUAGUGUAUCGUAAAGGUGUACCAGCAAUAGCCUCAGGUGAUGGUCAGCCUCAGUUCCAGUCGUACAGUCAGGACAAUUAUUCUAUGCAAUAUCAGCCCAAUGCUAGACUAUCAUAGCUGACUGCAACCACAGAUCGUUAGACAACUGCCAGCAUCUUGUCAUCAGUAGCAGUGUGUAAGGUUUGCUGCUACAGAUCCUGUGUCAGCUAUAUAAACUGACUAGCGAAAUACUUCAGAGAUGAUGGAGAUUAAUAUUCAGUCACUGAGGGCUAAACCCUAUCAUUUAGUGAUUAGAGACUGUAGAUAUACAUAUCAUUGUAGUGACGUUUAGCUUCUGUAUGUAAAUCUCUACGUUACAACAUUUGGGUGUGCAUUUAUAACCUGUAUUUUUUUUUAGUUUUAUUCCGACCAUGUACGCAAUCUGUGUUGUUAAAAUGUGUGCUGAUUAUUUUUCAGAAUGUUGUGGAUUCUGGCACAGUAUCAUUGAAUUUAAUUUUAGAUGAUAAAUUUUAUUUCAUAUAAUGAAAUAGGAUUACAUUGUAUUUGACAGCAAGUAUAUUUUUGGAGAUUGAUUUGUAUCUAGACAUAUGUAUACAUGUUUGUUUGUAAGAUUUUUAUCAUUCAAUUUGAAAAAUUGUCAUUGUUAUAAUUUUUGUGGUUGUAAUUAUUCAAACAGCACUGUAUAGGCACACCGAACUUGUGAAAUAUAUUUUGACAGUCUGCUGUGUGAUAUUUGGGCCUUGGUUUUUCUCCCUUGGAGGUGGACGUCUGACCCGUCUGUUUGAAUUUGUCUAAUAUGAUCACACAGAAUUUGUUCACAGAGAUUAUUGACAGUAUGGAGAAAUCAGGAAUGUAAAACUUGGGUUGUAAUACAUUCUGGGUUGUGUCUAUUGAGCUCUUCGGAUUACAAUAGUACUACAAUGCAUGAUGGCUGUGAUGAACAAUCUGACCUGUCUGUGCAGUAAUGUAGAGUGAAGGUCAGUAUCCUCAUGUUUGUGAUAACAUUACCUGUAUUUUGUAACGUUAAGACCAGAAAACUCGUAUUAUCAAUGUCUGCGUAAAUUUAUCGUAUUGUGUAGAUUUACGCUGCUCCAGUCUUCAUUACAGUACAGAAAUCUGGUCUCAGAUUAAAAAAAAUAGUGAUGUAUACAUUUUGUUUUGUCAGGAAUUUUAAAAUAAUUAUAAAGUCGUCAUGUUUAGGAGGCUUUAGGAGGAUUGAAACUCGUGUAGUGAUUCUGAGUUGUUUUUUUUUUAAAUGUCUCAUGUGGCAUAACCAGCAUAUAUUUAUGCAUUCAUAAAUGACAGGGAUUGGGGUUGGGUGUUUGUGUGAGUUUGGGAGCUGUCGUGCGGCUAUUUUUUGGACAAGGUCUGGUAUAACACGAUUUGCAUUACAUGAGUAUGAUAUGAUCUACAAAUUUUCUUCUCUGUUGUUUUUUCUUCUCUAAAUGAGGUUAAUGUAAACCAGCUUUUAUUUGCAUGUGAGAAAUUUACAUGAGAACUUCAACGGUGCAAAUAUUUCAUGGUGCGAACCAGUCCUUUAAUGUUUCUUGUAUUUAAGAUAAUCUCUGAUGCGAAAAUUAGUAACUACAGACCAGUUCAUCAUUGGUAAAUUGUGAAAAAAAAGUUGUCAUGUAGAAUAACAGGUGUACAAUUUGAAGUUGUUUUGCUUCCUUUGUCAUGGUUGAUCCGAUGGAGAUUUUAUUUUUACUUUGAAUAGACAAUUUUACCGUCAUCUCAUAACCUCCCAAAACUAAUGCAAGACAACUGUUUGAAGCAAGAAGACAUUUGCAUAUAAAAGAACAAUUGUACAAAGAAAAAGUGUACAUAGGUCACAUUUAUGCCAAUUUUAAGGGGAAAUAUACAAAUCACAAACCAUUUAGGUAUGAUAUUUGAUUUAUAAGUCUUAUUGUUUGUGUCUGCUACCUCCUCCCCCCCCCCCCCCCCCCCCCUUUAAUUAUAUCCUACUAAAUGCUACAAAUAAAACUUUACUGAAGGUUAAGAUGAUGGAGGAAAGUUUUGCAGGAUGGAUUUUUAAAAUCUUGACAAACACUAGGCAUCAAUAUAACCAUGACAUCAUUUAGUAUUGUUGCAAAUUCCAUUUUCAUUUUUAACGGGGAUUACAUAAUGUUCUCUUUCCCUUUGUGUAAAUGUCCAACACUGAAUAUAGGUAAAUUUUUGCAGAUAGUUUGUACAUUUUUGUACUCGUACAAUAUUCAGAUUGUGGAAAUAUGUGUAUGAAAGCAAAUUGUAUUCUGGAAAAAUCGCAAAGAAAGUAAUGAUGACAUCUCUACAAGACAGCAUAAUUCAAUAAAUUCAUCUGUGAUUUUUUGUAAAGGGAGUUGCACUGCUAGUCUCAGUUUGGGGACCAUGAUUUUGUAAAAUAUUUUGUGGAAUAUAUUUACUAUGUGAUUGAAAUAAUUUUCAUUGGUACAAAGAGAAAAAGUUAAUAUUGAACAUGUGUGUUGUCAGAAAAGUUAUAUUGAACAUACGUGUUGUCGGAAAAGUUAUAUUGAACAUAUGUGUUGUCUGAAAAAUUAUAUUGAACAUAUAUGUUAUCAAAUUGAUGAGAAUAACUAAUUGGGUUAUGUAACAAGUUGCUCAACUUUAGAAUUAUUGAUUUUUCAGGUGGUUUUUUUUCCACGGAUUAGACAAAAAAUUAAAGAAAUGUGUAUAUGUUUGAAGUGUUAAGUACUACGUCCAUCUCUUUAUUUGAUUUAUUUCCCUUAUGUCAUCAAAGAUAAAGGAUUAUAAUCUUUGGACA